AUGUGGCAAACAUACGCCAACUAUUCUCGUUUUAUGAUGAAGAAGAGUGCCACCACCCCAGCUAGCAACAUUAUACAACUAGAAGAUGAUUCUUUCAAUAAACAUAAGCAAGAUAAAGUUAAAAUAAGAGUUUAUUAUGAGACACUAUGUCCUGAUUCAAAGCACUUUUUUGUCAAGCAUUUGGGACCAGUGACCGCAAAGCUCUCCGAUUUUCUUGAUAUCAUUCUUGUGCCGUAUGGAAAAGCAACUACAACUGAAAGAAAUGGACAAUAUUAUUUUAAAUGUCAACACCAGGAAGAAGAGUGUUACGCCAAUAAGGUACAUGCAUGUAGUAUUGACAUAGUAAACAACAUGGAAACAGCUGUUAAGAUAACAGUAUGUAUGAUAGAGGAUAACUUUGAUGCUGAUGGAGCUCUUCAUAAGUGUGCAAAGCAGCUGAAUAUUGAACCAGAACCCAUUUUGAACUGUGCUGGCACUGCACACGGGUCAGAAUUAUUGAAAAAAUAUGGAGACGACACUCAUCAACUUCAACCUACAUUCAUACCUACAGUUACAUUAAAUGGUUCGAGGGAGAAUCAAGCAGCUAUUUUAAAGAACUUUUUACUGGAGGUCUGCAAAUUGAUUGCAAUGCCCUUACCUCCUCCAUGUUUGUGA